AUGGAAGGCAAAACUCGACCUACAUUUUUCCGUGGUGUUGCAACAGUGGUUACAAAAUUAUUUAACAUUGUUCAACCUGAUUAUGUUUUUUUCGGUCAAAAAGAUAUUCAACAAUGUGUAGUUAUUAAGAAUUUGAUUCAAGAUUUGCAUUUUCCAUUGGAAAUGCAUGUUGGACCUACUGCAAGGGAAGAAGAUGGGUUGGCUAUGAGUUCUAGAAAUAGAUAUCUCACACCUGAAAUGCGAAAGGUUGCUACCAUAUUAUAUCAAAGCUUGAAUAUGGUAAAGCACGCAUAUGAACAAAAUAUUCGUGAUCGAAAAAAUCUUUUUGCUCCUGCGUACGAUCUUAUUGAGAAUAAAUCCGAAUAUAUUAAAAAUCAGAAUUUGGGAUUUUCCGUAAAAUUAGAUUAUUUAUCACUUGUAGAUCCUGUAAGUUUAGAAGAACUUGAUGAAGUUGGUGAAAAUGGAGCUAUUUUAUCUGGAGCUCUAUACGUUGGAACAACAAGGCUAAUCGAUAACAUAUUGCUAAAUUGUACAAUAUAA